AUGGUGGGAAAGAGCGAUUUCAAAGUCGUGAUUGGGGGCGGCAGCAUUGCCGGCCUCACGCUGGCUAACAUGCUGCAACUCCACGAUAUUGAUUUUGUUGUGCUUGAAUUAUAUGCGGAAAUGGCACCCCAAGUGGGUGCAAGUAUUGGUAUGUUGCCGCACGGUAAUAGGAUAUUGGACCAACUCGGCCUGUUCCAAAAGAUUCUAGACCUAUGCCCUCCUAUAGACUCAUUUCACUUCCGCGACGAGACUGGCAAAAUCAUUAGCGAAUUCCGAGGCAUGCACAAGUCUAUGCUUGAGAGGCACGGCUAUCCAAUUACAUUUUUGGAUCGCCAAAUGGUGCUUCAAGUGCUAUACGAAAACAUCAAGGACAAAACGAAGAUCCUCACGAGCAAAGAAGUCAAAAAGGUCGAGAUGACUGAUUCUGGAGUUGUUGUCACCACUUCCGACAAAUGUUCCUACAAAGGCGAUAUCCUGGUUGGGGCUGAUGGAAUCCAUAGCUCAGUGAGAGGAGAGAUGUGGAGGAUCGCAAAUGAAAAGUCACCUGGGUGGAUUCCAUCUAACGAGCAUUCUGCUGUCCCUGUUGAUUAUGGAUGCGUUUUCGGAAUCUCUAAUCCUUGCGAGGGCAUUGAGCCAGGCGCAUCCAACUCGGUGUUUAGAAAACGCGAAUCUUAUAUUAUGAACGGUGGACCUGAAGGUCGCAUUUAUUGGUUCUAUUUCUACAAGUUGGCCCAGCGAGCCUACGGUGACGACAUUCCGCGUUUCACGAAAGAGGACGAGAAGAAGCUGCUCAAGCAGCGAGAAAACGACAACAUCACUCCAACUCUAAAGUUCAAAGAUGUCUUGGAUAACAGGAUCACGUCUGUUUUGGUGCCUCUGCAGGAAUAUGUCUUUAGGCAGUGGUAUUUCAAGCGCAUCAUCACCAUUGGCGAUGCCGCACACAAGUUUCAUCCCAUCGCGGGUCAUGGUGGUAACGCUUGUGUUGAAACGGCGGCUGUUCUGGUCAACGCACUUUGCAAAGUACUUGGAGAGUCCAAAGGUGCCAAGCCUACACUGGAACAGAUUGAGCAUGCAUUUUCCACGACCCAAGCAACCCGGCAGGCAAGGGCGACUACUCUUAAGGAACAUUCUCACGAACAACAACGGACUGAGUUACUUGAUACGCCGUUUCAUGAAUUUGCAGCUUUUCAUUUGUUGCCAAUGACCAAUGUUGAGGAUGUCACCUUCAACUUUUCUCGCCACAUGCCGCUUGCUGAAAAGCUGGACAGUCCUAAAUUGAGCCCCGUCCCGAGGCUUGUACCUUACAAGGACGAGCUUUUGAGCACUCCAGCACCUAGGGGUUCAAAAAAGUGGUACUUGAUAGGAUUCUAUCUUCUCGUGGCUGGACUCGUUCACUACGGUAUGUGGAUCUGGUCUGCCCAUUAUGGCCUCGGAGAUCACUUAGGAACUAUCGUGACGACUGGGAAGUUUUCGUAUGAUCCAAGUUUCCCCCUCAAGCGUAAUUAUACCGGGAUCAAGUCCCUUGACAACUAUCUGGUGUUCUUGGCAGCAGCGUACAUGCCAGGCUUGAAAAGUUGGGACCAGAAUUUUGGGACCCUGCAAAUGUACUUUCUCGGAAUGCUCGUUCAGCCCAUUACGGUGUGGUCUGUUGAGGCAUAUCGGACUCGCAAUGUGCUAACGCCUCUAACACUGAUCACAAUCUGGUUCACAUUGGUUCAGUGGGCUGGUGUGGGAAUUUACAUGCCAAUUUACUAUGCCGUCUAUACCUACAUUUCUGAACCGGAAACUUACUGGUGGCCACUCAACCGAGAGGUUCCGAUUCAAUCCGCAAUAUCGCUUGUAUGGGCGGUCAUGAUUGGUUAUACCCUUCCAACAAUUCUUAUGUUUUUACCAUGGAAGGACCCGAACACAGUCCAAAACUUUGAGGCUCUUUGGCAAGUGUCCCCAAUGCUGGUUCCACUUCUCUGUACCAUUCUUGGGAAAAUCUAUGUCAAGAAAAAUAAUAUCGUACGCGUUCCACGGCAAGCUAAGCAGGCUUUCCCGGAUAUUCCGCACCUCAAAAGGCUCUACGUCGUCAGUGGUGCACUGGGGUUGUUGCUGCAUGUCUAUUGCUUUGCUAAAGUUUGGUCGUCACCAUACCUGAGCUUGACUUCAGUCUUCUGGCCCAACUUUACUGCGCAGUCAAGGGGACUUGGGGAAGGCCUCAGGGCUCUGUUUUUGGCAGACUUCUGGGGCUUUGAAGUUGCGACGUACGGUUGGCUAUGUAUGGCUGUGUGGGAUGUGAAGCGAAUGGGUCGGACAACUACGGAUAUUGGGAAAGCCAUGAUCCUCAUCGCUUUAGGCACGCUCAUCGUUGGCCCUGGUGCUACUAUGUCAGCGGUCUGGUACUGGAGAGAAAAUGCUCUAGCCAAGACCAGCUUCGCUCACGGUCUGACAUGA